AUGGCUAAAGCAAACGAAACUCAAGUUCCUACUGAAACAGAACAGAAUAAUUUAAAAAUCUUUGAUGAAGUUUCAAAUUCAGUAAAUAUUAGCCAUAAAAAUUGUUCUUAUUGCAAUAAACCAUUUACUGAAGAAUUAUGGUGUAAAGAAUGUGAUCCUUUUCGUAUGAUUGAAGGUUGGACCAGCGGAAAUGAUGACAUUGAUAAAUUUAUCAAAGAUACAAUUUAUGAUACAAGAAAUGCAAAUGAAGAGUAUGAAGUUAUGUUUCUUGAAUGGGUACCAUUUGAUAGGUUUAAAGAUAUAAACCAAAUUGGCGUAGGAGGAUUUGCAAAAGUUUAUUCUGCAACAUGGAUCGAUGGUAAAGCGGAAUAUACUAGACAAGAUGAUGAAUGGAAAAAAACGGAAUCUCAACCUAUCAAAGUUGCUUUGAAAAGAUUAAAUGGAUCAGAAAAUAUGUCAGUUGAAUAUUUAAAUGAGCUUAAAAUACAUUGGAAUUAUCAUAAAAGAAGUGUCACGGCUGCAUUAAAAUUUUAUGGAAUGACCAAAGAUCCUGAAACUGAAGAAUAUAUGAUGAUUUUACAAUUUGCAAAUGAAGGAAAUUUGAGAAGUAUUCUUUCACAUGACUUCAAUAACAUUUUCUGGAUAAGUAAAAUUUUAUAUUUAAAUUGGUUAGCAUAUGGUCUCAAACAUUUACAUGAAUUAGGAUAUUUUCACAAAGAUCUUCAUAGUGGUAAUAUAUUGCAAAUAGAUUAUGAAUCUCAUAUUUCAGACUUUGGAUUAUCUGGACCAUCAAAUAAACAAAAAUCGGAUGAUAAAAUAUGUGGAGUAUUACCAUAUAUUGCCCCAGAAGUUUUAAAUGGAGAACCAUAUACAUUAUCAUCUGAUAUCUAUAGUUUUGGUGUAAUUAUGACAGAAUUAUCAUCUGGAAUACCACCUUUUCAUAAAAGAGAACAUGAUGCUACCUUAGCAUUAGAAAUAUGUAAUGGACUCAGACCAAAUUUUGGAAAAGGAACUCCUGAAAUUUAUAAGAAUCUAGCUUAUAAAUGUAUGAAUGCUAAUUCAAAUCAAAGACCAACAGCCAGUGAAUUGGAUGAUAUUUUAAGUUUUUGGUACUUUUCUUCUCGUGGUGAUAAAGAAUAUCCAGAAGUAGAAAAAUUUGGAUAUAAAGGAAAAGUAAUUAGGGCUAUAUUUGAGGAAGCUGAUAAAGAAAUACCAAAUAUUUCGACUUCAUAUGAAAAAAAUCCUGAUGCUAUAUAUACCAGUAGAUUAUUUACAUUUAAUAAUUUAACAAAACCUAUUAAUUCAUCUCUUAUUACAUCAUACCUUGAUGAUGAGGAAAAUAAUAAAGACUGUCAAGAUUCUCAAUUAUUUGACUUGGAGGUUGCUAGCUCAUUACAAUUAAAAGAUGAUGCUAGUAAUGAGUGAUCAUUUGACAGGAAAUUUUCCCGACAACUUUGACCAGCAUUACAACUAAUGUAGGCCAACGGUGUCGGGCAAACGUUCUGUCGGGAAAAUGGAUGUCGGGAUUUUGUCCGACAUCGGAUAAAAGCAUCUUUUUUUUAUAGAAUUAUUUGUUUUAGUUUAUUUACAUAAAUAUUUAACAAUUUGUAACUAC